UGAUACUGUACAUGUGUGGCAUACAAGUAAAAAGAAGUGAUCUUGGCACAUUCGCAUUUUCACGAACCACCGAAAAAGAUAUCGGUACGAUCGACCCAGUGGUUGGAUCUUUGUCGCUGGUUCCAAUCCCUCAUCUCUACUACUAGGCAGCUCCCACUGAACUGUCUUCGGCGACCUCGGAACUUCCACACAACCAAAGAUCAUAGCACUCAAUAAUUUUUUAAUAACAAUGGCAGAAGAAUCCGCUCCAGCAGAGAAAAUCGACUUGAGUCAAGCAGUGACUGAUGCGGUUGCGAAAUGGGGGCCCGCUGUGACCAAGGCUGUCAAAGAAGGCGACAUUAGCGAUUUCAAAGCUUUGUUUGCGCCGUACCUUGUGGAAGUGGUGAUUCAAGGCGGCGACGGCAACGAAGCGUGCUUUACCAUUUCGGAUGAGAACAAAGAAGCGACACUGGAUUGGAAGACGUUUGUGGAUAUGGCCACUGCCGACUUGAAGGAACAAGACUUCCUCAAGACGGAGUGUCAGUGCAUUGGCCUGUUGGGUCCUCGAUGCAUCAUGGAGCAAGGAAGAUUCAAUAAUGCCAAGGAAUUGUACCACGAAAAUAUUGCCGUGUUGACGUUUAACGACAAAGGACAAAUCGUUGCCUACGAAGCCUUUACCGACCCCGGCGUGAACGCUGUCUCGGAAUUGGCUGGACAAUCCGUCACAGAGUGAGUAGCGAGCAAGGUACUAUGAUCAUGCCCCGAUUCACAGCACACACAUCACAAUGACUUCAAUUACUGAGUAGUUAGUUUGGUUUUAUAAUUGAGAGUGGUUUUUAUAAGCAAUCAGAACAAAAACACACACAUUUUGAUUAUCUUGCUUUUACUUUUUAAAUUAGUAGCAAACAGUCUUUUGGGUUGAACUCAUGUAAUGUUCACGACAAAUGUUCACG